AAAAAAAAAGUCAAACGUUUGAGAGAAGGAAGAGAUGAGACAGGGGCAGCCUCAAUGACAAAGCAGCCUGUCCCUAUUGGUGAUCAGUGUGAGAGAAGCAGGGGCGUCUGGAUGGACUGUGUAAAUGGAAGCAGACAGUGUGGAGAUGUCUCUUUAGAGAGAGAGGAUUGAGAGUGCUGUGCAGGAGGGGGGCGAGCGGACGUAUGGAAAGGGGGGGAAAGGAUUGGAGUCUGGAGCCAUGUUUAUGGUGCUGAUCUUGCAGCCUCGACAUUAGCACACGUCGCUGUUUCGCAGACCUGGGCCGCCGCCGAUUUCACACUUUCAUUUUUGUCAUUUGCAUUGGGGUUUUUUUGGGGUUUUUUUUGCCCUGUGUUUUUGGAUUCCAGUUGGAUGCCCAGCGGAGAAUUUGCAAAGCCAUGCUUUACGGAUCCAUAUGGCACAGGACGGGUUAAGGGGAGGAGAUAACGACCUGAAGUGGUCUGUGUGAAAGAGCUGAAAAUGAGUGGCCUUGGGGACAGUUGCGCAGAUCCUGCGAGCCAGGAGCGCAAGAGGAAAGCCUUGCCAUGCGACCCAGCACAGAGCACCGAAAAGCGACGCCGGGAACAGGAGAACAAGUACCUGGAGGAGCUGGCCGAGCUGCUGUCGGCAAAUAUUGGGGAUAUAGACAGUCUGAGUGGGAAGCCGGACAAAUGCAAGAUCUUGAUAAAGAGAAUGGACCAGAUCCAGCAGCUGAAGAAGAAGAAGCAAGAGAAAGGAACAGACGAUGAUGUUCAAAAAUCCGACAUCUCAUCCAGUUGCGGUGGAGUGAUUGAGAAGGAGUCCCUGGGUCCUCUGCUUUUAGAGGCUCUAGAUGGAUUCUUCUUUGUCGUGAACCAAGAAGGUAGAAUUGUCUUUGUGUCAGAAAACGUGACAAACUACCUGGGCUACAAACAAGAGGAGCUGAUGAAGGACAGUAUCUAUAGUAUCCUGCACGUGGGAGACCAUGAGGAGUUUGUGAAAAACCUCCUCCCCAAAUCUCUAGUCAAUGGGGGUCCCUGGUCCCAGGAGGCCAACAGAAGGAACAGCCACACGUUAAACUGCAGGAUGCUGAUCCGACCCCCGGAUGAUCCAGGGGCUGAGAACCAAGAAGCCCGGCAACGGUACGAAGUGAUGCAGUGCUUUACUGUGUCUCAACCGAAAUCCUUCAAAGAAGAAGGAGAAGAUUUCCAGUCCUGUUUGAUCUGCAUUGCGCGGAGGUUACCUCGACCUGCACCCACCACCUCUUUAGAAUCGUUCAUCACCAAACAGGAUGCUACAGGAAAAAUCAUCUCCAUUGACACCAGUUCCCUGCGAGCCUCGGGCAGCCUGGGCUGGGAAGAUCUGGUGCGGAAAUGUAUCUAUGCCUUCUUUCAGGCACAGGGCACCGAACCAUCGUAUGCCAAGCAGCUGUUCCAAGAAGUGAUGACAAGAGGAACCGCCUGCAGUCCAUCGUACAAAUUCACGCUGAGCGACGGGACGGAGCUCAGUGCUCACACCAAGUGUAAACUCUGCUAUCCGCAAAGCCCCGAUGUUCAGCCCUACAUAAUGGGAAUCCAUAUCAUUGAAAGGGAUCAGAGCCCUCUUUGUACUCAAGAAAACACUAACUCAGGAAUGUCACUACCCCACCUCAGCCCUUCAGUGAACCUCACCAUUUCCCCAGCUCAAGGGAUGCCCUUUUCUUCAACAACCUCCCCGUCCAGUGGCAGCAUGCUCACCUCCAGUGUAAACCAGCAUCAAGUCACUGGCAUUCAUAAUAGCAACAGCUCCAACACCAGCCAAGCAAACUUUGGGUGUUCUCCUGGAAGUCAAAUUGGAACCAAUGUUGCCUUAAGUCUGGGGCAGGCAGGGCCCCAAAACAGUAACAAUCUCAACCUCAACAAUUCCCCCAUGAGCAGUCCCGGAAUAAGUCCUCCACAGUUCAUGUCUCCAAGGCCACGGGCUAGUCCAGGACUGAUUUCUCGGUCUAGGGCAUCAGGUAAUCCCUUUUCUCCCCCCAUGCCUGCCAUGCACUCCCCAGUAGGUAUCUCCAACAGUGGCUGCAACAACAAUAACAACAGACCUUUCUCAAAUGUUCCCUUAAAUUCCAUGCCUGUGGUGAAUGACCCUAACACCCCUUUAGGAUUUUCUUCUCCCUCCCCCGGCAUGACAAACAAUGUAUCAACCACCAACAAUGGCAGAUUCUUUUCCAAUACCCCAAUGAACACUGUUCAGGGGAUUAAUGAAGGACCCAACCCAACUGUUGGAUAUUCCACUACAUCCUCUGUACUGCGUCAGUUGAACUCACAGAACUCCCCAGGGCGUCUCAAUAUGCAGCCCAUAAAAAUGGAGCUGAAGGACAAUAGUAAUGGCAAUAGCAGUGACAGGGCCGUGGAGGGCGAGACUAAACCAUUUUUGGCCGCCUCCAGUAACAAACUUGUACAGCUGUUAGCAUCAACAGCAGAGCAGCAGUUGCGAGAUGUGGACACUAAUUGCCGGGACCCUUUAACUUGUCCUGUUGUCACUAACACAAACUGUGGAAGUUCUUCAAGUGGAACAUGUCCUUCAUCUCACAGCUCUUUGACGGAACGUCACAAGAUAUUACAUCGGCUCCUUCAGGAAGGGAGCCCUUCAGACAUUAAUAACUUAUCUCUAGAUCAUGAAAAGAAAAACACUGGCUCAGCCAACAACCAAGCUCCAGGAGGCCUGUCGGAGGUCAAAAUGGAGUCUGAGAGUGACAAGAAAAAGGACUCCAAAGAUCACCAGCUCUUGCGCUACCUGUUGGACAAGGAUGAGAAGGAGGUGAAGCCUUCUUCUGCUCUGACUCUGGAUGAUGUGAAAGUAAAAGUGGAGAAGGCUGAACAGGUUGACCAAUGCAGCUCCACUCCCGCCACAUUGAUGAAGUCUGGUCAAGAGGAUAUAAAAAUAAAGACACAAGACCAGUUUGCAGAUGAAUUUGACCAACUCGAUCAGUUGUUGCCUACACUGGCCAAAGCAGCCCAACUCCCUGGGAUUGUGUCUGACCGGACAGAUAACAGUGUCUCAUUAAAAGCGGAGAUGUUACCCUCGUCGCUACAAACUGGCACUGUGGCGAGAACCCCUACCCGACUAAACAGCUUUAAUGGAAUGAACAGCAACCAAUCCCCAUUCAGAUUCUGUGACCCUAUGGACCAUGUGCAGUUGGAUCUGAACCCAUUUCCAGCUCCAAAUGAUUCUAGUCCACGUUCAGGGCUAACACCGGAGCAGGGGCGAGGUGGGGUGUCUGACCCCAAUGCUUUUCAAUCAGACCCUGGCUUGCCAGAUCCUGACCUUGGAAUCACCGACCCACAGUUUGGGCAGCCAGGAAUUGUGGACCAGAUGCCCUGGAAUGACGGCUUGACGCCCGUGAACCGGAUCACCCCGAGUUCCCAGGAAGAGAUUGACGACUUUCUGUGCCCCCCCACCACGGCCGAGGGUCGGAAUGAUGAGAAGGCUCUAUUUGAGCAGCUCGUGUCCUUUCUCAGCGGCAAAGACGAGACAGAGCUGGCGGAACUAGACCGAGCCUUGGGAAUUGACAAACUAGUCCAGGGAGGAGGUCUGGAGGUGGUACAUGAUCGUUUUCCUCAGCAGUCGUCCAUUGCUUCAGUCAUGAUGGAGCAGAAGCCAGGCCUCUAUCCCCCCCAGCAGUAUCCUUCUCCUUCACCCAAUCCAAGCCUCCCCUUCUUCAAUAUGGUCAGACAGAAGACUUCAUUUGGGACUGUCCAAGUACAACCUCCUCAGCCUCGUGGACCCUACGCCAACACCAUGGCAAUGCCCCCACGGCAACCUCUGGUCCGCUCAGUAACUGCCUCCAACCAACUACGACUGCAGCUGCAGCAGCGAUUACAGGGGCAGCAACAGGUUCUCCACCAGAAUCGGCAAGGCAACCUGAACCAGUUUGGAGUAGUCAACACAGUGGCCAUGGGUAUGAGGCCCGGCAUGCAGCAAACCAUUUCUGCCCAGCAGCCCCCGCUCAACGCUCAGAUGUUGGCCCAGCGACAGAGGGAACUGUACAGUCAGCAGCAUCGGCAGAGGCAAUUAUUGCAACAAAGAAGCCUCCUCAUGAGGCAACAAGGCUUUGGCAACAAUCUGCCCCCUGCCGGAAAUCUGCCCAUCACUCGGCUCCCCCAGGGCCCCCCACAACAAUUCCCUUAUCCUCACAGCUACGCCACCAACCCUGGAAACCCUCCCCCCUCCACCAGUCCCUUCUCCCCUUUGACCACGACCCCCGAGGCCGCGUUACAGAACCGCGCCGGAGGAAAUGGAGGCGGUAUCAUGAACAGGGGCAUGAUGGGAGGACAGUUUGGCUCUGGGAUCAAUCCUCAGAUGCAGCAAAAUGUCUUCCAGUAUUCGGCAACGGGUAUCAGUCAACAAGGGGAUCCAACGUUCGCACCAUCGCUCAGCCCCACCAGUCCUCUCAUGUCCCCCCGUAUUACCCCCUCUCAGAGCCCAAUGCUUCAACAAACCCCGUCCACACCCGGGUACCAGUCACCUGAUCUCAAGACUUGGCAACAGAGCCCACUGGGCAACUCUGGUGUUUAUAGCCAAGGGGGACAGACGCAGCCCCCAAAUGGCCAGCAGGGAAUGUACAACAACAUGAGCAUCACCGUGUCCAUGGGAGGGGGCAACGCAGGAGUCCAGAAUGUGAAUCAAAUGACGGGACAGAUGCAGAUGAGUUCCCUCCCCAUGUCCAACAUGAACUCUAUGUGCAGCGAAUCGCAGGUGAGUGAUCCAGCACUGAGACCCGGUGGGCUGUACUGCACCCAGCUUUCCUCUACAGACCUGCUGAAAGCAGAGCCAGAGACGGGCCAGGUGCAGCAGGUGCAGGUAUUUGCCGACGUCCAGUGCACGGUAAAUUUGGUGGGUGGUGACCCCUAUAUUAAUCAGCCGGGAUCCAUGACGUCUCAGAAGACAACGACGGGGCCCCAGACACCUCAGGCUCAGCAAAAGAGCCUCUUACAGCAACUGCUCACUGAAUGAAGUGGCCCCUGGAUAGCCACGCGAGAGCCACGGAGAGUAACAGCACGAGCUAUAGAGAUAUAUAUAUUCUGUACUUUUGCGGUGAUUUCCAAACCUCAAACUGCCGCCUAUUAAAGGGGUCAAAAGUCUUGUGCCGCAGAGACACGUUCCUGACUGUAGGACAAAGGCCGGACUUGUUGCCGCAGUUCUGUUUUACAUUUCCCCUGAUACCCUGACCCCCCACUUUGGAGAAGGCUUGGAGGGCGUCAGACAUUUGCAAAGAAGGACAGAGUUUUGCAGGGCUGGACAAUCGGACCCCGGGUCCCCAUUUCGAGCCAAAUGACAGAUGAAACUUAUUUUUGUACGGCAGUCGCUGUGAUGACACUGAAUGGUUCUGGGUGCAAAUGCUCGGAGAGAAUGUCGCAUGGGAACUCAGUUUCAGCUGGUUCUGUAACUGAUAUGGAACCCCCCGAAGAGGAGGAGGAGAAGAGGAGGGUUCUGGGUAAAUUACGGGUGGCGGGGAUGGGGGAAAUAAGAGAAAAGUAUAUAAAUAUAUAUAUUAUACCGAGGUAAAGCGCAUCUUUGUUGCAGCUGAAGUGCAUUUGUAGAGCUAUCUCUGGCUUGUAUGUACAAUCAUGUUUUUCUAAGUGGGAGCCAUUGCUUUGCGCACCUUUUUAGGGCCUGUUUUUAACCCCUUUGCUGCUGGCGCAGCAGUCGGGCAGCCCGCGAUUUUCAUGAGGUUCAUGAAUUUCUUCGGAAAAAACAAACAAAAAAAAAACAAAAAAAAAGAGAAAAAUCUUUUUGCUUACGAUCAUCAUAAUCGGUUAUUUUUAGUUUUUCCAUCAAUUAUCCAUAGAGAUGAGUGGGGUUUUUUGGCUUACGAGUUACAGGACUCGCUCCAUGUGGGGGCUGGGGUGAUGGUUUGGGACUGGUUUGGCAAGGGCUGCGUUUGUAUUUGAACCAUCAGCAGAUUAGCAACAAAAAACUCAUGUAUGACAAUGUUUUUGUCUCUGAAACAACAUGGAUAAGCCAUAGGGCUCAUUCAGUCCUUAACUCAGCACGUCAGCCAUGUUUGUUUCAUGUCCUCAAGGCUCUUCCCUCAAGAGUCAUUGGGAUGAAACCAAACCAACUUCUGUUUAGGGGGUUGGUGCAUGUAAACUAUAUAAAGCUCUAAUGCAUAAUACCUUUCAUCUUGUUCUAAAUAUAAGGGCGUAAGUGAUCUCAUUAAAAUAUAGAAACAGCCAACAAAAGUUGAUUGUAGAGGGAAAAAAAGAGUUUGGCCUAUUGUACCAUGUGCUGAUUGGGUUCUGUUGAUUUUGGUCAGACAGAGAUGAGGACUUUCUACAUGGAGCCGACACGAGCAAGAGAUUGUGCCUAUAGUAACAGUGGGAUAAUAGUCUCUGGGAAGGGAGUGUGACUGUGGGAUAGCAGGUAUAGUAGGGAGAGAUGGUGUCUAUAGU